AUGAAGUCGUUCAUUACAUUCGCCGCCGCCGCAUCUCUGCUGCUCGUUACAGUGGUUUCUGCAGACAUGCUCCAGAUCAACAACCCGACCGACGGCACGGUCUGGAAGACAGGUGUGCCCAAUUUCGUAGGCUGGACCGGAAACUGUGCCUCGAUGGGCAACGAUUCCAAGGCCGUCAAGGUCGAUCUCGUCAAUGGCCCCUCAACCGCCGUGAGGUAUAUUGUCACUCUGGGAACUCUUGACUGUUCGGGAUCCGACACCCGGGCCGACAUGACCGUCCCCUCCACAGUCGCCUCGGGCGAGUAUGCGAUCGUUGUCCGGACUGCUCCCCAACAGUCUUACACCAAUGCCUUCAACAUCGAGAACCCCUCCCAGCCUGCUUCUCCUGCUCCUGGAGCGGCUCCUUCGCAGCCUAGCGCUAACGCUGGAACGGGUACGGGUACGAAACCUGCAGGAACGGCGGCUUCUGGAGCUGCUGGUGGGUUGGCACCGUCGGUUUUGUUGGCUGCUGGUGGAGUUGCUGCGUUGGCAUUCCAACUCCUUUAG